AUGGGAACGCUACUUGGUAUUCUGGGAAUUCCUCGCUCGGACGAGUGGUUUUCGCGCUCGGCUGCCAAUUCCGGUUGGUCAGAAGUUUCGAAUCCCGGCUCGGCCAACGCGGAAUCGGAGGAAUUUAUUUCUGUGGCCCGCCCGCUCCCCGGGGACCUCGGCGGGCCCACUGGCCCGCCCGCCCGGGGACCUCGGCGGGCCCACCAAUGGCCCGCCCGCCCAGGGCCCCCCGCCGCGGGCCCACUGGCCUCCCUCCCGUCCCGCCCCGGGGACCUCGGCGGGCCCACUGGCGGGCCCCGGGGCGGGCGGGCCACUGGGCCCGCCGGGUGGCCCGCCCUCCCCGGGGACCUCGGCGGGCCCAGUGGCCCGCCCGCCCCGGGGACUCGGCGGGCCCAGUGGCCCGCCCGCCCCGGGGACCUCGGCGGGCCCACAGGCCCGCCCGCCUUGGGUUGGGGACCUCGGCGGGCCCACUGGCCCGCCCCCCCCGUGGGGGACCUCGGCGGGCCCACAUGGCCCGCCCGCCCCGGGGACCUCGGCGGGCCAGUGGCCCGCCCGCCCCGGGGACCUCGGCGGGCCCACUGGCCCACCCGCCCCGGGGACCUCGGCGGGCCCACUGGCCCGCCCGCCCGGGGCCCUCGCCGGGCCCACUGGCCCGCCCGCCCCGGGACCUCGGCAGGCCCCACUGGCGGGCCCCGGGGCGGGCGGGCCAGUGGGCCCGCCCGCCCAGGGGAGGGGCCUCGGCGGGCCCACUGGCCCUCCCGCCCCGGGGACCCCGGCGGGCCCAGUGGCCCGCCCGACCCCGGGGACCCGGCGGGCCCACUGGCCCACCCGCCGCCCCGGGGACCCCCGGCGGGGCCCACUGGCCCACCCGCCCCGGCGACCACGGCGGGCCCACUGGCCCGCCCGCCCCGGGGACCCCGGCGGGCCCCAAACUGGCCCGCCGCCCGCCCCGGGGACCCCGGCGGGCCCACUGGCCCGCCCGCCCCGGGGACCUCGGCGGGCCCAGUGGCCCGCCCGCCCGCGGGGACCUCGGCGGGCCCAGUGGCCCGCCCGCCCGGGGACCCUCCCGGCGGGCCCACACUGGCCCGCCCCAGCCCCGGGGACCUCGGCGGGCCCAGUGGCCCGCCCUCCCCGGGGACCUCUGCGGGCCCAGUGGCCCGCCCCGCCAGGGGACCUCGGCGGGCCCAGUGGCCCGCCCGCCCCGGGGUACCUCGGGCUGGGCCCAGUGGCCCGCCCGCCCGCCCCUUGACCUCGGCGGGCCCACUCCCGCCCCAGCCCGCCCCCCCAGGGGACUUCGGCGGGCCCACUGGCCCUACCCGCCCCGGGACCCCGGCGGGCCCAGUGGCCCGCCCGCCCCGGGGGACCCCCCGGCGGCCCACUGGCCCGCCCGCCCCGGGGGGGGGGGGGGACCCCGGGCGGCGGGCCCACUGGCCCACCCACGCCCCCGGGGACCUCGGCGGGCCCACUGGCCCACUCGCCCCGGGGACCUCGGCGUGGCCCCGUGGCCCGCCCCCUCCCGCCCCGGGGACCUCGGCGGGCCCACUGGCCCGCCCGCCCCGGGGACCUCGGCGGGCCCACUGCCCGCCCGCCCCGGGACCUCGGCGGGCCCAGUGGCCGCCCGCCCACCCGGGGACCUCGGCGGGCCCACUGGCCCGCCCGCCCCGGGGUGGGGACCUCGGCGGGCCCACUGGCCCGCCCGCCCGCCCCGGGGACGCGGCGGGCCCAGUGCCCGCCCGCCCCGGGGACCUCGGCGGGCCCACUGGCCCAACCCGCCCCGGGGACCUCGGCGGGCCCACUGUGGGCCCGCCCGCCCCGCGGGGACCUCGGCGGGCCCACCUCUGGCCCCCCGCCCCCACGGGGACUCGGCAAGGGCCCACUGGCCGCCCACCGCCCCAGGGCCCUCGCCGGGCCCACUGGCCCGCCCGCCCCGGGGACCUCGGUCGGGCCCACUGGCGGGCCCCGGGGCGGCGGGCCACUGGGCCCGCCUGGGGUCCCCUGGGCGGGCGGGGGGCCAGUGGGCCCGCCCGCCAAGGGGACCUCGGCGGGCCCACUGGCCCGCCCGCCCCGCCCCCCGGGACCUCGGCGGGCCCACUGGCCCGCCCGCCCCGGGGGCCCUCGCCGGGCCCACUGGCCCGCCCGCCGCCCCGGGGACCUCGGCGGGCCCAUGGCCCGCCCUCCCCCGGGGACCCCGGGGCCUCGGCGGGCCCAGUGGCCCGCCCCGCAAACCCGGGGACCUCGGCGGGCCCAGUGGCCCCUCCCCCCCCCCGCCCCCGCCCCGGUGGGGACCUCGGCGGGCCCACAGGCCGCCCGCCUUGGGGACCUCGGCGGGCCCACUGGCCCGCCCCCCCCGGGGACCUGGCGGCGGGCCCACUGGCCCGCCCGCCCCGGGGACCUCAGGCGGGCCCAGUGGCCCGCCCGCCCGGGGAACCUCGGCGGCCCACUGGCCCACCCGCCCCGGGGACCUCGGCGGGCCCACUGGCCCGACCCGCCCCCGGGGCCCUCGCCGGGCCCACUGGCCCACCCGCCCAGGGGACCGGGGACGGCAGGCCCACAUGGCGGGUCCCCGCCCCGCGGGCGGACCAGUGGGCCCGCCCCCGCCCAGGGGACCUCGGCGGGCCCACUGGCCCUCCCCGCCCCGGGGACCCCGGCGGGCCCCAGUGGCCCGCCCGCCCCGGGGACCCCCGGCGGGCCCACUGGCCCACCCCCGCCCAGGGGACCCCGGCGGGCCCACUGGCCCACCCGCCCCGGCGACCUCGGGGGCCCACUGGCCCCGCCCGCCCCCCCGGGGACCCCGGCGGGCCCACUGGCCCGCCCGCCCCGGGGACCCCGGCGGGCCCACUGGCCCGCCCGCCCCGGGGACCCUCGGCGGGCCCAGUGGGGCCCGCCCGCCCCGGGGACCUCGGCGGGCCCCAGGCCCGCCGCCCCCGCCCCGGGGACCUCGGCGGGCCCACUGGCCCGCCCGCACCCCGGGGACCUCGGCGGGCCCAGUGGCCCGCCUCCCCGGGGGGGUGGGGACCUCUGCGGGGCCCAGUGGCCCGCCGCCCCGGGGACCUCGGCGGGCCCAGUGGCCCGCCGCCCCCCCCGGGGACCUCGGGGGCGGGCCCAGUGGCCGCCUCCGCCCCGUUGACCUCGGCGGGCCCACUGGCCCGCCCGCCCAGGGGACUUCGGGCGGGCCCACUGGCCCUCCCGCCCCGGGGACCCCCGGACCCCGCGGGCCCAGCCGGCCCUGCCCCCCCACGGGACCCCCCGGCCCGGGGGCCCAGGCUGGCCCGCCCGCCCCGGGGACCCCGGCGGGCCCACUGGCCCACACGCCCCUUGACUCGGCGGGACGGGCCCACUGGCCCACUCGCCCCGGGGACCUCGGCGGGCCCAGUGGGCCCGCCCGCCCCCGGGGACCGGGGAUCGGCGGGCCCACUGGCCCGGCCCGCCGCCGGGGACCUCGGCGGGCCCACUGGCCCGCCCGCCCCGGGGACCUCGGCGGGCCCAGUGGACCUCGGCGGGCCCAUGGCCCGCCCGCCCGGGGACCUCGGCGGGCCCGAGUGGCCCGCCCGCCCCGGGGACCUCGGCGGCCCACUGGCCCGCCCGCCCGAGGGCCCUCGCCGGGCCCACUGGCCCCCCGCCCCCCGCCCCGGGGGACCUCGGCGGGCCCACUGGCGGGCCCCCGGGGCGGGCGGGCCCACUGGGCCCGCCGGGGUCCCCGGGGCGGGCGGGCCAGUGGGCCCGCCCGCCAAGGGGACCUCGGCGGCCCACUGGCCCGCCCGCCCCGGGGACCUCGGCGGGCCCACUGGCCCGCCCGCCCCGGGGCCCUCGCCGGGACGGGACUGGCCCGCCCGCCCCGGGGACCUCGGCGGGCCCAGUGGCCCGCCCUCCCCGGGGACCUCGGCGGGCCCAGUGGCCCGCCCGCCCCGGGGACCUCGGCGGGCCCAGUGGCCCGCCCAGCCCCGGGGACCGCGGCGGGCCCACAGGCCCGCCCGCCUUGGGGCCCACUGGCCCGCCCGCCCCGGGGCCGCGGGCCCGGGCCCCAAUGGCCCGCCCGCCCCGGGGACCUCGGCGGGCCCAGGCUGGGCGGGCCCCGGGCGGGCGGGCCAGUGGGCCCGCCCGCCCAGGGGACCUCGGCGGGCCCACUGGCCCUCCCGCCCCGGGGACCCCGGCGGGCCCAGUGGCCCGCCCCGCCCCGGGGACCCCCGGCGGGAGCCCACUGGCCCACCCGCCCCGGGGACCCCGGCGGGCCCACUGGCCCACGCCCCGGCGACCUCGGCGGGCCCACUGGCCCGCCCGCCCCGGGGACCCCCGGCGGCCCAGGCCCGCCCGCCCCGGGGACCCCUGGCGGGCUGGCCCGCCCGCCCCGGGGACCUCGGCGGGCCCAGUGGCCCGCCGACGGGGCCUCGGCGGGCCCAGUGGCCCGCCCGCCCGGGGACCUCGGCGGCCCACUGGCCCGCCCUCCCCGGGGACCUCGGCGGGCCCAGUGGCCCGCCCUCCCCGGGACCUCUGGCCCAGUGGCCCGCGCCCGGGGACCCUCGGCGGGCCCAGUGGCCCGCCCGCCCCGGGGACCUCGGCGGGCCCAGUGGCCCGCCCGGCCCCGUUGACCUCGGCGGGCCCACGCCCGCCCAGGGGGACUUCCCGCGGGCCCACUGGCCCUCCCGCCCCGGGACCGCCGGGCCCAGUGCCCGCCCGCCCCGGGGGACCCCGGCCGGGUCGGCAGGGCCCGGGGACCCCGGCGGGCCCACUGGCCCACACGCCCCGGGGACCUCGGCGGGCCCCAGGCCCACUCGCGGGGACCUCGGCGGGCCCACUGGCCCGCCCGCCCCCGGGGACCUCGGCGGGGCCCAGUGGCGCCUCCCCGGGGACGGCGGGCCCAGUGGCCCGCCCUCCCCGGGGACCUCGGCGGGCCCAGUGGCCCGCCCGCCCCGGGACCUCGGCGGGCCCAGUGGCCCACCCGCCCCGGGGACCUCGGCGGGCCGACUGCCCUGCCUGCCCCGGGAACCUCGGCGGGCCCAGUGGCCCGCCCGCCCCGGGGACCUCGGCGGGCCCACUGGCCCGCCCGCCCCGGACCUCGGCGGCCCACUGGCCCACCCGCCCGCGGACCUGGCGGGCCCAGUGCCCACCCGCCCCGGGGACCUCGGCGGGCCCAUGGCCCGCCCUCCCCGGGGACCUCGCGGGCCCAGGGCCCGCCCGCCCCGGGGACCUCGGCGGACCCACUGGCCCGCCCGCCCACCCUCGGCGGGCCCACUGGCCGCCCGCCCCGGGGACCUAGCUGGGCCCAGUGGGCCGCCCGCCCCGGGGACCUCGGCGGGCCCGUGCCCGCCCCGGGGAACUCAGCGUGCCUUCCUGGCCCUCCCGCCCCGGGAACUCGGCGGGCCUCCGGGCCCGCCCGCCCCGGGGACCUCGGCGGGCCUCCGGGCCCGCCCGCCCCGGGGACCUCGGCGGGCCUCCUGGCCCGCCCACCCGGGACCUCGGCGAGCCUCCUGGCCCGCCCGCCCCGGGGACCUCGGCGAGCCUCCUGGCCCGCCCGCCCCGGGGAUCUCGGCGGGCCUCCUGGCUCGCCUGCCCCUGGGCGGUUCGGCGGGCUUUGCCCGCUGUCCCUGCAGACACUUACCCUUUGCUUAG